GCUGUGAUUUGUCAAGCCUAUCAUCAACGAAAUUUCCAAACCAAAGACCUGGACGCUGGCAAGUUUGGUCACGCACCGGUGUUGCCGGAGAAAGCCUUGUUUUGCAACGUAUUUUGACGCCAGUAACUGGCAGUCUGCUGUAACUGUAAGUGGGCUUGCGAAAGGGCUGAACUGCAGUGCAGCGAGUUCAGCGUGGAGCUUGCCUCGGCAGCCACCUGGCUACGUAGUUGUUGGAGCAAGAUGUCUGCAUCCAAACAUAAGGCCUACAGCAAUAUGUCGCUGCGGGGAAGUCAAGCCCAGUGGCUUCGUGGACUCGCCAUCGUGCUCGUGUCGCUAGCUCUUGCCGGCGCGCCUGCGCCUGCCAGCGCAGCAAGUCGAAGCUUGCUGAGUGCUCGGGCUUUGCUCCAAAGCAAUGGGUCUGCAGUCACAGACGUCACGGCGCCAGUUGCCAACACCACGGCCACGGCUAACGCCACGCUACCCGCCAACGGGACAGCAAACGGGACCAUGAACGGGACGACAAAUAGCACGACGCUACCUCCAUACCCAGCCCCAGCUCCUUCGCCACCACGCCCGGAGACAGCCAAGGAGAAACUGGAGGAGAAGUGGAAGAAUAUUGGAGCAGGGAAGAGCUCUGCUGAGAAGGGCAUUGCCAUCACAAUCGGCGUAAUCAUGCUGGUCGGCAUGCUCACCUGCCUAGUGUGCUGCGUCUUCCGCCGUGGCGGCCAGUGGCGCGUCCCGGGGCUGCAGUGGUUCCGGAACAAGUUCAUGAAGCCCAAGGACAAGUACUCGCGCUACAUGGACAGCACGCAAGACGACGGCUUUUAAGCUCCGAGCUUGAAUGGGGGCGAGGGGCGAUGUGGGGUGAACUGAUGCACCGAAAUUCGUUAUGUGGCGCACCAAACGGCGCGGUGCUUCGGGAGAUCGAGCAAGCUUCGGGGUGCUUGGGGACUGAGAAAAGGACUCACGUAGUGUUCUGCGGCUGGUGUGUUUGUUCGUGUAUGAGAGCGCGAAUACUGAACCGGGAUUGACGGGCAGAUCGGGUCACGCACAUGAACCCAGGUACCAUCGCAUGGUCGGUGUGGCGCUGCGCGAAUAAAGGAUGGCGGUAUUGCAGCCCAUCAAUGGGGUAUGAAGCAGACCCGCCGCCGCUGUCCCGGGAGCACCAGCAGCUGCAGGGGGUCGGGUGAUGAUGUGGGCCGCGGUGUAUUGAGAUGGCAUCCUGUAUGUUUAUCUGGGCGUUCAUUGCGCUAAGCCAAUCGAGUCGUCACAGGUUUAACUUUGGGGCGUGAGAGCCGCCUAGUGCACAUGCUUGAGUGCUGUGCCGCAGUAGGGUGGUGACUGGUGGUGCCGGGGAUGUGCUUUGUUGGUGAGGAGCAGCACUCAUGCAUGUGCUAGGGCGACGGUUCUACACGUGAUUCCCAAACGAUGAUGCGUGUGCUUGAGAGUAUACUUGCAGUAACAGAUUGCAGGCUGCGGGGAUGCGAGGUCAGGUGCACCGGUCACCGGUCCAAACGACUCCACAGUUACUGCUUAUAAAGAGUAGUCAACUAUUAUUUGCUGCACAUAAACAUUUGAAAUGUAGAACCAGCAGCGUGCAACAUUUAAAGGUCUAGCAGGGUUUACCUUGCGAGCGUGAGUGUGCAAAGAUGUCAGCUCCACUUGGAUUGAGCGACGUUACAACCAAGCAGUGGCAUGUUUGCCACCGGCGAGGUUUUGGUCUCCUCCGUGGCAAUCAUCGGACGAACAUGUCUUC